AUGAAAUCAGUUUUAAGUCUUAUUUCUACACAAGAUUUAUCAAAAAAAUUUGGAAGAGAAACACUUAAUUAUUUUAAAUCAACAUUCAAUGUACACAAAAGUCUUAAAAAAUGUAUUAAUACAAAUGAAAGUGAUUUUCAAGCUGCUGUACUCGAUUUACUUGUUCAAUUAUUUUUAAUUCGUCAUUUUAUUUAUUGUAUUGCUGAAUUUCUUGUUAUGUUAUCACAUGAUACAUUUCAUUCAAAACAAGUUAUUAACAUACAAGAUUUAAUAAAACAUUAUGAUUCAUUAUUAGCAAGUGGACAUGAACCUGAAACACAUGCUUUGGCAGCAUUAGAACCAGUUUUAUAUGAUUUUUUUUCUUUUAUUGCUAAUAGUGUUCAAAUUGAAGAUGAUAAAUGGAAACGUCUUUCACGACAAAUUGUCGAUUUACUUCUUGCUCAUUUACAAUCUCAGUUAAUCAAUAUAAAUAUAAUACUUCGAUGUCUUGUACAAAAUUCAACUGAAGAUGCUAUAUUAACACAAUAG